AUGCGCGGUCUGUGGUGUGUUGCUGCUGUUUCCGCUGCCGCCGGGGACGACAAUGUUUCGUCAUUGCUUUCGAGCUUGAACAUCAGCCCGCCUGCGAAUUCGGCAAGCGCAGGCUCUACUGGUUCUACGGGUACGAACGGGCUUCUUAGCAACGAUCUCCUCGGCACUACGAACAACCUGCUCAGUAACCUUGGCUUAGUUAAUAGUUCUGUACAGUCGGGUGGUGUGGGUGCUGGCGGGCUCACAAGUCCGGGGGCGCUCACCAGUUCCGCCAGUGCCCUGGACCCAAUUUCAGCCAUAGGAGGAGCAGCCACGAAUGUACUGGGGACGGCCCUGAAUCAGACGGCGCUGCCGUCAAUCAGCCCGGUUGAUCUGAAUGGUCUGUUGCAAAGUGCGCUCGGGAACGGCCAGGACACCGCCGCGUUGCCCGCCCUCUCUCAGGUGCUAGGUGGCACAGAGGCCCUGAACAAGCUUACUCAGUCGGUCGGCAGUCUGCCACUGACCAACCUUACCGCGACCACCGGACUUUCGCAGACUGCGCUUCAGGACCCCACGUCAUUGCUCAACACCAGCUCGCUUUCCAACCUGAUACCAUCUCUCACCAACGGCGUUCUGAACAACGCCAGUACGGCGAAUCUUCUGAAUACGGCGACCCCGUUGAACACAACGAACCUUCUUAACACCACUGGUCUUCUGGACACUACCGGUCUUCUGGACACCACCAAACAACUAGCCAGCGCGGCCGCCAAUGUGCUAACGGACCCUAGCAUAAGUGGCGCUGCCGCGGAACUCACGGACUCGCCAUUGCUUACCGGUUUGAAUGCCCUUAACAAUUUCGGCAGCACCUUCCAGUCCAUUGCCCAGGGUGUGAACGCACUUGCGCAACUUACGCCAACUACUUCCCAACUAACGCCCGCUACUGCGGGGACAGCAGCUGGACUAAACACCGCUGGGGCUGGCGCCCUGGGUACAGGGGUUCUAAGUCGCCGUUUGCAACAGACGGCUACUGGCAAUGACCCUUUGACCGCGCUCAACCAGUCAAUUGCGGACCUGACCAAAAGCUUAACUUCUAGCUUGGCAUCUAACCCACUUACCGCCAGCCUGACAUCUAGUCUGGCAUCCAACCCGCUUACCUCGAGCCUGAACUCGGGACUUACCUCUGGUCAGCUGGAUUUGAAUUCAUUGUUACCGAACACGACGAGCAACUUAUUGGACUUGAAUUCACUGACAAAUACACUUACGGGGGGCUUGAAUCUGGGCACGUUGACGCCGUCGUUACAGUCUUUGACAAGCACAUUGACCCAGCAACUGGACCCGAACAACUUGCUGCAGUCGUCGCUGGACUCUUCCAAGGCACUCCAGGACGCGUUGGCCCCGACCGGUCUGACCUCAAUCUCAAAUGGAACGACCACCUCGCUCCCAACAGCCGGUGCAGAGGCAGGGAAUGCCACGCUGGCUGGUUUAGCGUCGGCGUAUAUCACCAACGGCUACUUGAACCCAGACGGGCAGGCCGCCCUCAAGACGACCGGAUUGUCCACCCAAGCCCUUCAGUACCCGGAUCUGUCACAGGCCCUGAACGGGCAGGCACCCGUGGUCGACUCGGCCGGGAAUCUAACGGCCGCUGUCAAGGCAGGACUUGGGCAAAUGGGUAUCAACGCAGACACCCCUGCACAACUCGUCUCGGUCUUGAUGAGCAUCGCCAACACAGGCCGACCAGUCAAUUCAAUCUCCGCCUCCACUGCCUCCAAUGCGCUCACUAACUCACUCGGAACGGCUAACACCAACGCCACCGAGACACUUAACAAUGCUCUCGCCACCAGUCAAAAUGUACUCAACGCGCUUACUGGUAACACCGCCAACAACAGCGGCAACACUCUCGGCAACGUUGCCCAGAAUGCGGCCCAGACCGCUACUGACGCACUCUCCAACCUUCUCGCUGGUGUCGUUCCGACCAGCAAUACGGCAAGCAACGUGGCCAGCGGCAAUACGGCGAACGGCAACACGGCCAGUAAUACGGCCAGCGGCAUCUCAAAUGCUCCCAAUGGCGCGACGGCUGUUGAGGCGGCCGCAGCCAACUCCGUUCUUACGAACGAAGCUGCAGCUCUGAACGCAACUGCGAACGGAUCUGCUGCGGCUAAUGAGUCUGCACUGGCGGGCAACUCGGGCGUGCCUUCUGCAGUCACGACCAACUCUACGCGUGUACUACAAAUGGUCGAGAGCGCGAGCUCGGACUCGGGGUCGUCGGGUGUUGAGGAGAGCUCGACGGAGAUGGCCGAAUCACUGGAGGAUGUCGACGACAUGCGGCGGGCUGUGAAGCACUUUAACGAGGCUCUAAAACGUGCGAUUCAAGCACACGAAGCGACCCUGGAGAAGGCCGCCGAGGCCUCUGACAAGUCUGAGAAAGCCGCGGAGGUGACGACUAAUUUGUCUGCACCGGCGAGUCGUCGACUGCGGGGGUGUGUACCUACAAACUGUGCAAACGGCGUGUGCGUGGCAAACUGCGCCCACCGUCGAAUGCUGUCGAACUGGUUCAGUGAUGCGUGGACGAGCGUGAAAAACGCGUUCGGUACUGAGGUCUCAGGCGACGCGACCCCGGAGGAAACGGCGGAGUGGAAAGCGGAGAUAAACCAGGCGGCGCAGGAGCUGGCGGAUAACUUGGACUCGAUGGCGUCGAAGAUUCGGGACACAGACGUGGGGGACUUGUUGGAACAGUGGUUCAAUGAGGCCAAGACAAGAGCAGCAGAACGCGGGUUCAAAUCGGAGGACGCCCAGGAUGAGGAAGACUCGAAGACGGAGCGGAGGGCGCUGCUGACCAUUGACGGGAACAAUCGAGCAUACAGUGCCGGCUACGAUGGCUACCUGUUCCAGUCAGUUAACGGAACGAACAUGACGGCCUUGACGACGAACGCCUCUGGGAGCGCGAAUGGUACCGAUUAUGCUAUCCCUGUCACACAGGGUUCGAAGGAGGUGCAGCAGUUGUUGCCGUCACUGAACGCGAAUGAUCUGAUGGCGAACUUCGGUGCUUUGAGUCAGCCUCUCAUCACCUCGCUGGACACGCUCGCCUCGCCCUUCAUGGGGGCUUUCGGUGGCGGUGCGAGCCAGCCGGGGACGCAAGGCGGCCUGUUAGGCGGCUUCCUACCGGCAAACCUGUUGACCUCGGUCCUAGGCCAAGGUUCGGGUACAGGAUUGCAGGGUGCAGGACUGCAGGGUACAGGACUACAGUUCCAGAGCGUGGGUGGCGAUGCCCUGAAUUCCCCGAUGAGUGGCAUGCAAGGAAUCCCCACUGUAAACGGACUUAUACCAACGACCAACAAUACAGGAGCGGAAGUGAACAAUGCCGCGUUCGACAACCUCAUGGGUGCCAAUCGGACGAGCGCUGUUGGCAAUGGCACUAUCGGUAGUGCCUCGCUGCUACCGGAAGGUGCCGGGGGGGUAGGUAACCAGACGAGCGGUAACCAAAUGGCUGGCAGCCAAACGGCGGCUUACAGGCUCAAGGAGGUCGUGGGCGAGUCUGGAGGGAAGGUCAAUUCUCUGAAUGGGCUCAACAUGGCGGAGUGGAUCAACAACUUGGGCGAGACGGAGUUGGGGAAGAUGUUCAACUUGGAUAAGAUCGACGUCUCCAAGCUGCCUGCGUUGCCGGAUGUGGAGGACGAUGACCUGGAGGAGUUUCUGGAGCACAAUGACUGGAAGACGUUCUUCAACAGUUUGCAGUUGAACCAACUACCCGGUCUGGAAGGGUACACGAAUUCCGAGCUGAAGAAAAUCAUUGAUGCCGGCGACCUCGGCCAGGUCCUGGCCAACCUGAAGCUCAACGAACUUCCGGGCAUGGAGAAGGUAGACGUGCCUUCAAUCCAAUCGCAGCUGCUCAAAGACAACCUGGACAACGCCCUCCCAGUCCUCGGAAACGUCACGGCGAUUGGCGCCGUCUUGGGUGUGGCUCCCACAUCAAUGCAGGUGAUGAGUCCAAAUGCGACGGUUGCGGGAUCGAACCCUGUGGAGUCCAGUCGAGUGUUGCUGGGUGCGGAAGACAUUAUUAACAACGGGUCGGCUAACCUGGGGAACCAGUUGACGUCGGGGAGCGAGAAUAUAUUGCAGUCCUCGCAGAACGCGUUGACGAACCAGCUCAACGGCCUCGCUUCGCUGGCAGACGGGCUCACGGGCCUCACUUCGGGCCUGGCGUACGGCUUGACGGGCAUUAACACAGGUGCGCUGCAAGGCACGUCUUUGUUGAACAACGGCAUUUCCAGCUUGAUCGGCGGCAUCAACCAGGGCCUGGGUUCCAACUUGGACAACCUGGGUUCGGGCCUAACGGGUCUGACCUCCUCGAUCGGCACAAACCUCCAAAGCGGCCUCAGCGGGCUCGGCGACGGAUUGGGUAACAACACACUGGCCCUCCCUGACCUCUCCGGCCUGUCGACCCUGCUGCCCACGAGUGGUGGUAGCUCGCUGGUUAACAUGACUGAAAGUCUAAUCAGCCCCAUUAUCAACCAGAGUGCCUUCGGUUUGCUGAAUCCGACAAGUACCGAUACUGGGAGUAGCGCUGCUAGUGGUAUUGGAACCACGGCCAACACAGGCACUGGCAACGUCGGCCUCACCGGGCUUCUUGGAUCGCUUACUGGCUCGGGUUCAGCCGCUACAGGCUCGGGCUCGACCCCCCUCAGUGGUUCGCCGGCUGCGCCAUCGUACGACCUGUUGUCGUUGCUAGCCACGCCCCUGGGAACUUUGUCUACGGGGGCUACACCCAGUGGGGUAACGACUGGAGGGGCUAUACCUGCUGCGGCCUUGCCCACGAGUGUUUCAGCAUACACGCGAAGUCUGAUUGAGGAAGAGGGUGCGAAGGCGAGUGCGGCUGUCCCUAAUGCGGGGGCAUUGUACCCUGACAGUCUGAUUACGAGUUUGCAGAAUCAGUACAACGGGUUGAACGACUUCUCGAGCGGAAUCGCCAACUUUACACGAGGUCUGGCAUUAGGGCUCUCCGGUCUGGGCACCGGCAUCAAUCAAGGUACGGGCAUGAUCGGCUUCGGCACCAACGCAUUGUUGGGCAACCUAAAUGCGGGAUUGGGUUCCCAACUCGGUAACUUGGGCGCCGGCCUUGGCACUUUUAUGCCCUCUGUUGGCAACAACGUCGGUCUCGAACUCGGCAACAUCUCCAACACUAUGGGCACACCCGGUCUCGGCCUCGACCCUGCGGCCGGAGAUGGGAACGCGGCCGCCGACAUGUCCGCCAAUGCCAAUCCAGACCCGGAAUACGGCACUAGCCACAGCCUACAGGCAGUCGAACAAGUUCCCAUGGUCAUGACGCCCGAAGAGCUUGCCAACCUGCCCGGCUUCUUGGGCCAGACGGCCAUUCACGAGUCUGACCCGGCGUCUGCACAGCUCGACCCCUCCGUUCGCCAGAUGUCCGGCGUCGCUUCACCGACUGUCGUGUCCACUGGCCGCCAUGGAUACCACCACCACCACCACCAUGACGACUCAGAUUCGAAUUCGGACGACUCGCAUUCCUCCGACUCCUCUGACUCUGACGACUCUGAUGACGGUGACCAUCAUCACCACUACCGUCCCCACCAGAACCACACGGCUUACGGCGCGGUCUACGGCGCCCAGAGACGAAGUUUGGAUGACGCAACCAAUGCGCUGAGCGAGCUCAUUCACAACAGCAACCAGCUGCUGCAGAACAGCCUGCUCUCGACCAAUGCCAGCGCUGCCUUGCCCUCGCUGAACCUACCCAGCUUCAACUUGACCAGUUUGGCUGUGCCGGGCUUGGACUUCACGAGCUUGGGUCUGCCCAACCUGACAGCUGUCGCGUCCAAUAACGCAGCCGCGACAGGAAACGUAGCCACGGGCAACGCGGCGGUAGGCGGGCCCUCGGCAGCCAGUAGUAUGGCGAACGCGACCAGUACCGUUGGCAGCGUCGUGACUGCUGACGAGAAGUACACGGAUUCGAAGAACACAACGUCGGUCAAUACCACGACCACGGGUGUGGCCAUUCCGGACGUGACCAACAUCCUGGGCGGCUCGUACAAGACACUGAACGGUCUGGAAGCCGAGCCGGUCACGGCUGGUGGCCUGAGCUCUCUAUUGGACCCGAACGCUCUCGCUAACUUACUGCCGAACGCAGCCCUCAACUCUGCAUCCCUGACUCCUCCCUCUCUCACAUCCUUGACACCCGCAUCUCUGACUGCAGCCCUGGACCCGACCAACCUGCUGAACACGACAUCGAACGUCGUUGCGGCUAAUCCGCUGCUCGCCAACUUGUCAGAGAACCUCGUGAACCUCAUACCGGAUCCCAACGGACUCAUGAGCAGCCUGACCGGCGCCAACACUAAUGCCCGGCGUCUCGACGACGGAGCGGCACCUGAGGACGCGGUCGAGCCGGAAACUGAUGCGGAUGCUCCCGCUGUAGCAGAGGCUCCGGCUGCGGCUGAGGCGGCUGAGGCGGAGCCAGAAGCGGCCGCUGAAGCCGAGGCGCCAGCGGAGGCGGAGGCUGCCGCUGAACCCGAGGAUCAGGCGGAAGCUGUGGCUGGCGCCCCCGCCCCCGCUGACGUGGGGGCUGAAGCUGUGGCUGGCGCCCCCGCCCCCGCUGACGUGGAGGCUGAAGUUGUGGCUGCACCAGACACUCCGGCUGAGGCGGAGGCGCGAGUUGCCGCUAACUCGGAUGCCGCCGCGCCUGUGCAGGCAGAGGCAGUGGUCGCUGUGGCCCCGGCCCCGGCGGUUGGUUCGCCCCCAACGGGUUUGGUGAGUGCGGCGUCUGUCGCUUCACCAAUAAGCGCUAGCAGCGGCGCCGCGUUGUCGUUGCCAGCGGUCGCCAAUUCGAGCUUGCCGAGCCUGCCGAGUCUCGCUCUCCCGGCCGUGUCGUCGUUGAACACUUCUGGUCUGUCAUUGCCGGCUGUGUCGUCGUUGAAUACUUCGGCAUUGAACACUUCUUCCUUGCCGACACUCUCCCUGCCUAAUGUUCCACUGCCCACACUUACUUUGCCCACGCUUUCUCUGCCCACAAUCUCGGUACCAGUGGGCUCGGCGGUGCCGACAGUGUCCUAUGACACGAGCGAGUUCCAGAAGCAGCAGAUUCAGUACCAAGCGAGCCUGCGGAAGCAGAUGCUGGAGUAUGAAUUGCGACAGACGAUCCAGGCGCUUAAAAACGCGGCAAUCCCGCAGUUGGCGCUGGGUAGCAGCACGGAGCAGUUGCAGCAGCAACUGGCCACGCAAGUUCAGCAAUACGUGUACAACUACAAGAUAGCGGUGGCGCAAAUAGAUGCGACUACGGCCGCACAGAUCGCGCAGUUGGACCAGGGGACGAAGACAGACCAGAGCGCCUCUUUCAAUGCCAAUGCCAACGCGACCUCGGUAGUGGGCUUGGGCACACGGGAGGUACCCAUUAACCAGGCGGCUGCCAAUCAGACGGCUACCAAUCACGUGGCCGGUAAGCAGCUGGAAGGAUUAGACGCUGCGGACAUCAUUGGAUCGGUAUCGAGUGCUGCGCAGAAUUUGACGCAGAACAUCAACGACAAGCUCAGCUCGUGGGGCCAAACUCUGUCGAACCCGGACACGCUGGACCAGGUGCACGACUUGGUUCAGCCUGUCGCGGACGCACUGGACGAGCCGGACCUGAUCGGUAAGGUGGGCAAUGCGACCCAGGACUUGGGUGGAAAGCUGAAGGACCCUGCCACUCAGACGUCUGUGUCAGAUGCAAUCAACUCGCUCGUGAACCAGUUCAAGGACAGCGACUACCCAGAGACCAUCGCUAACGCUACGAACGCUCUGCAAAACGCCUGGAACACUUUCCAGGGAGAUAGCGACGUCUCCAAAAGCGCUGAGGCAGCGAAAGACAGUGUCGCCUCUCUCGGGAACCAGAUCAAGAACGACGUCGCCAGCAAACUCCCCUCGCUAGACGACAUCGCUGACCAGGUCCAAAAGUACUGGCAGUCACUUGGCGUCAGCAACACCGAAUCAUUGCAACAGCGCGUACUCCAGCAGUUUCGACCCGCUGAUCUCGCUUCCGUCAUUCAACCCGGCUUACCCGUCGUUCAACCUGCCAACGGUGGACUUAUCAACGCAGGAGCUGCCAACGCUCAACCUGCCAACGCUCAACCUGUCGUCGCCAUACCAGACGCUAAUAGACAUCUACUUGGAUCAGCUGAUGUCGCCAAUGCAGUCGCUCCAAUCGGGACGGGUGCCACUGGGAGUAGUUAUAGUGCCCUGGCUGGAGUCAAUCAGCUUGGCAGUGGCCUCACUGGAUACCCACUUCAACAAUCCGCCGUUCAGCAGUCUGCCGUUCAGCAGUCUGCCGUACAGCAACUUCCUGGGCAGCAGUACGUCCAGCCCAGUGUCGUCCAGCCCAGUGUCGUCCAGCCCAGCGUCGUCCAGCCCAGCGUCGGUCAGCAGCAGCAAUUGGGGUAUGCCCACAAGGGCGUUCAGCCGGUGAGUUUGGCGAGCGGUGCGGUUGCUGUAGCGCAGCCUGUGAAUAGCGCCGUGAAUGAUGGAGCGGGGAACGGUGGAGCGGUUAGGAGCAGUGACCUAUUGCCGAUGGUGGAAUCGAUUGCGGCUAGCGGUUUGGACUUUAACGGGUUGUUGGCUUUACUGAAGAACACGAACGUGGACUGGAACUCUUUGGUGCAGCGUCUGGCUUCAGAAGAGUUGACUCCGGAAGCGGCACUGGCUGAGUUAAUCGGAAGUGGAUUGGACGUGGAAAAGUUGAUGUCGUUGGUCCAGACAUCGAACCUGGACGUAGCUGCGUUAAUGCAGCAGGUCACGGAUAACCGGGAGACGCUGCACCAGGCGUUGCAGAAGCUCAGCAGCUCUAGCGUGGAUUUGAACCAGCUCAUCGCCAACUUGGCGGAUUCCGGCAUCGACGUUGGAAAUAUGCUCCUCAUGCUGCAGAAUUCGGGAGUCGACAUGAGCCACGUCCUAGACAGCCCCGUUGUCGGAACUUUAGUUAACGGCAACGCAGUCGCACAAGUCAGCCCCAUCCUCCAAAACAUUGGCGCUAGUGACCCCUACCGACUUCAAGCCGCCUUCGCGCAGGCUGAGACAGAACUCGGAGGUGCGGGUGCUUCUCACACACAGGAACAGACGGUCACACGCAACCCAGCCUCUAACGAGGUGGCACCCAACGCCGUAGUGGCACCCAACGCCGUAGUGGCACCCAACGCCGUGGUGGCACCCAACGCCGUCCAGGGAGCUACAGGCAUAAUCCCCAACGCAGGUAAGCGACGGCUCUUGGCUGAAAGCACAAUUCCUCCCUCCCCGACACUGAAUGAAACGAUCUGGAGCGCGGACCGACGGUUCGCACUGACCAACACGAGCCGGACGCAACUGGUGGAUCUCGGCGUCUGGACAUACACGGAAGAGCGAGUGGCCCCAAGUCUAGUCGUCUGCUGGAAUGUGGCCGGAGUGGGUUCUGGGGUUGGAUCUGAGACCGGAUCUGAGACCGGAACCGGAGGAGGGUUCGGUGAGCUGGAAGGCGACGAUGCCUUGGUCCAGUUGUUCGUGGAGGGCGAGAAGGUUGCCGACAUGCCGCUGCUGCGAGUGACUGUAGACAAUAUCUUCCACUACUACGACGAGGCCUACGCCGGACACAACCAGUGCACUUUCGUCUCGAUGUGCUACCUAAGCGAGGUCUUUCACACGCUCGCCAAGAUUUAUCUGCUCCCCAUACAACAGAUGGAAAAGGUGGUCCAGGUGAAGGCGACACUAACUCUCGACGACAACCGUUGGGCUCACGGCGACGCUGAAUACCCCGUCCGCGUCUGGGCCCGAGGCGUUGGAAGAAGCGGCGAAUGGACCUCACCCGGAAACGCCCAAACGACCAGCACUCCCGAAACUACGACCAACCCAGAAACAUCCAUCCUGGCAAAGUUGACCACCCUGGAGCCUAGUAGUGUGUUGCCAAGCAGUCCGUCCCCGGGGACGACCGUGGUCGUUACAACCGAGGUUGUUACGAUUGAGGACAAUGGACGGUCAUUGACGGAGGCGGCGGCCUUGAGUUCGAGUUCUAAGGCGCGUGACGAGGAGGACGGGCCGCAGUUGGAGUUGAUGGCGACGAUGGCCUUUGGGAUCCGGAGCCCGUCGUUUGCGUUGAUGUUGCCACAGGUGAAGCUGGAUACGUUGGGUGCGGGCGACUCGGUCUCGAUUGUGGCGAAGGCCGUGAGUCCAGACACGCGUUUCCUGUUUACGGAGGCGAUGUGGCAGGCGGUGCCUGAAGCGAUCAAGCCGGCGAUGUCGGUACUCCUGGACGCGUUGAUGCGUCGGAUGGCAACCACGCAUCCCGGUGCACCAUACCAUCCAGAGGAAGAUGAUGACCGCCUAUCUGAUUAUCCGGUUUACAAUGUUGCCAGUGAUACUCACACUCGUCGCGACGACCCUAUAGCGGCCCACGGAGACGUACUUCGCGCCACCUCGGCCGAGAAGGUCUCCGCUGAGGUUCUCGGCGGGGAGGUCUGGGACCUACGUCCGGUGGCGCGGACAGCUUCGUUCAAUCCGAAGUCUAACUUGCCGUUAUCUUCACAAGCGUUCGGCAUCAACUCGAGGACCGUGCUUCAGACGACCAUCAGUCCGAUGCAUGAAAGUGACUAUUUCACCAAGCCCAUCUUUCUGAGUCGAUGCAUCGGCGGCAUAGUCAGCGCUGAGGAUGCCAUGGCCGACGACACGGCGCUCUCUGGCCAGGCCCGCAUCGCACUCCGAUUCCGCAGCGUUAUCGAGUCCGCCCCGGUGCAAGCUAUCAUCUCGGCCGCAGAGCCUUCAUUCACGACCGACCUGGAGUACACACAAGACGACCCGCACAUACAAUCACACGCUACGUCAAACACACAAGCCACACCUUCCUUCUUUUAG